AUGCGUCUCAACACGUCGGAUGAUUGCGCCGUGCAUGUAAACGGGGAGGCUGUGGAGAGAGUGAACAAAUUCACGUACCUCGGCAGCGUCGUGGACCCUCACGGCGGAACCGAGGCCGACAUCGACGCCCGCAUCAACAAGGCCCGGUCAGCCUUUGCGCAACUCAAGCCCGUCUGGGACUCCUCCGUCAUCGCUCGCCGCACUAAAGUUCGGAUUUUCGAGUCAAACGUCAAUUCAGUACUCUUAUAUGGUUGCGAAACGUGGUUCGUAAGAGAUGACCUAACAAGAAGGCUACAAGUAUUUGUCAACAAAUGCCUUAGACAGAUACUAAAGGUAUUCUGGCCACGAACCAUCUCGAAUACGGAGUUAUGGAGACUGACCAACCAGAGGAGAAUUGACUCGGAAAUCCGGCUUAAGAAGUGGAGCUGGAUUGGCCAUACGCUGCGGAGAUCCGAAGACCAUCCACCCAAAAUCGCCCUGACAAAGUGGGCUGCAUCUGGCAAGCGAAAGAGGGGACGGCCAAAAACCACGUGGCGUCGCACUGUCGUGCAGGAGGCAGCAGCCCUCGGCAUGAGCUGGCACGAAGUCGAAGGCAUGACACAGGACCGGUCAGAGUGGAAAUCUACACUUCGAGCCCUAUGUCCCUGA